AUGGCACUUACAUUUGCCGCUGGUAAUAAGGUCUUUUAUGAUAAGCAAGUUGUUAAACAAGUAGACGUCCCAUCCUUCAGUGGUGCGUUUGGUAUCUUACCCAAACAUGUACCCACUCUUGCUGUUCUCAGACCUGGUGUUGUCACAGUCCUUGAGAAUGAUGGAAAACAGAACAAAAUUUUUGUUUCAUCAGGCACAGUCACAGUCAAUGACGAUUCCUCAGUUCAGGUACUUGCUGAAGAGGCACACCCAUUAGAAAAUUUGGACAGAGCCGCAGCGCAAGAAACAUUAUCCAAGGCACAAUCUGAAUUCAAUUCUGCUGCUAAUGAAAAGGCCAAAGCUGAGGCAGCGAUCGCAGUGGAAGUAGCCGAAGAGAUCGUUAAGGCCGCAUCUGCGUAA